AUGGGCUUGGACGACAAUCACUACCGCUCAGUCUCGGAUGAGGACGAGACUUUCCCUCUCGCACCACCUGAAAAAGAGCCACCCAAAUCAGGUUGGGGAAAACAGUCAAUUCUGCUCUCCAUCGCCACCGCGACUCUCUUCGUUGCUGUCAUCGCAGCUGUCCUCUCUACCGUCGGAUCCGCCGUCGUAACAUACAAAUCCAACUCUUCAGAUGCCGUCGCGACCGCCACACAGAGUGCAGCUGCCUCAACUGCAACCUCGGCCAUCCUCGAUGGUGUCUCCGAGGCCACCGAGUCCAAGGACGAGGAGGUCGAGAUCCAGGGAUGUGGAAGUAAUCCAACAGAAGCCCGCGCAAAUGGGUGUGUUUUCGACGUCAUGAUGCAGCUUUGGACUCCCGCGGCCUGCUACGACCGUACCCUUUCGGAUCGAUUCCUCGAGGAAGGCAACUGGACCUGGUAUGCAGACACAUCAGCCACCAAGGUCUGGACCCUCGACGAGAUGAGAAAAGGCGAACAUGAUGCCGUCUAUGUGGCUCAAGAAUAUCACAUCACCCAUUGCAUUUAUGCUUGGGAGAUGUUGGUUCGUGCCUUGAGAAACCAGGCCCCCAUCAUCACAGAAUUGAUCUCGUACGACCACGUCAUUCACUGCCGCCACAAGACUCUUCAGAGAGCUGAUGGUGGUUCAUCCAUCCGCGGUGUCCGUGCCCCAACGGGAUAUACCAGUUGUGCUCCUUAUAAUACCUGGAAGCACCACCUCCCGGCCAACCAGCAUUCUUCGACGGACUAG